AUGGAAAUUUUUAUCAAAACUCUUACUGGGAAACAUAUUUUGAUUCAUGUUGAACCUGAUUUCCUUGUUGACGACUUAUACAGGAUUUUAUCCGGAAAAGUAGGUAUUCCAGCAGAUCAACAACGUUUAGUAUUUAAUGGAAAGCAAUUAGAAAGAGGGAAUACAUUAAAAGACUAUGGAAUUCAGGAAUAUUCAAUACUUCAUUUAGUUUUAAGACUUGUUGGUGCAAAACCAGUUAUUUAUUUGUAUCCAGAGGAAGAAACAGAUGUCACAGUCAACAUCAAAGCAAAGGAUGGUGAAUUUUCAUUUGUUUAUCCAUCAUUUGAUCAUGAUAGUACAUGGCAUGUUCAUGCAUUUCCAAAUGGUGAUCUUGUCCAUCAUGGUCAUCAUCAUCCAUGUCUUUUCUGGGAAAGUCUUUUCUACCCAUCAUUUGAUAAUGGUAAUAACAAUGAUAAUGAGAAUGAUAAUGAAAAUAGAGAAGGCUUUGUUAUCGAAGGUCGUCAAGUUGUUUCAUUCUUUGAAGAUACUCUUCGUCAUAUUAAUCUUUCCGAUCGUGAGAUCUUCGACUUUAUUACAUUUUGGUGUCCUAAACUUAUCGACAUGAAAUACAUCAAGAUCACAUUCCACUUCGACGACUAUUGUUCACAGUUUCCUCUUUCUAUUUCUCCAUCUCCUCGACACGUCAACCGUAUUUUCUUUUGUGCUACUCCUCUUUCAACACAUAUUUCUCUUCGACGUCCAAAUCUUCCUACAUUUUCACGUGAUGGUUUCACCGUUAUUGAAUGGGGCGGAUGCAUCAACACCGAUGAUGAUCGACGACUUCUCAAAUAA